UACACCUAGUGUGCAACUUUGUGGCGUGUUCGUUGUACACAUUGACUCUUUCGUUCAUUGUCACUUCGUAAAGCCCCCGCAGGCAUUAUAUAAAGUCACAAACUUCUAGAUUAAGCUGCACUAGUCGACAAGCCGGUAGAUCAAGUAUCUUCGUGAUAAAACUUGGACUAUUCUUACUGCUUAUACUCGAAAAGAAAAGUAUUCAGCAGCGGGGGGCUAUUAUAAAAGCUUGCUCGAUGAAUUGCAAAGAGAGCAGCUGUAGUUGGAAGUUUAAACCAGACACUACUUGACUUUAGUUCGGGUGAUCAGUUUCGUCCGGUGGACAGUACAAGAAAAAUGAAUAGUUUUAUUGUGCUGUUCUGCCUCGUGGCAAGUAUCCAGCAAGUUUACAAUUUGCCCCAAGGAUCAUCUGAUUAUGAAGAUGUAUCUUUCUGGUUAAAAAGUGCCCAGGAAAAUUUGCAAAAAAUGUUGGUGCAAAAAAACAUUGAACGACGAGCAAAAAACAUCAUUGUGUUUAUUGGGGAUGGAAUGGGAAUGGCUUCCGUUACUGCAGGAAGGAUUUUCACUGGCCAACGGAAGGGUCAAACUGGUGAAGAAUAUAAAUUAGUUUUCGAAACAUUUCCAAACACUGGAUUCUCCAAAACUUACAAUAUAGACAAACAAGUACCUGAUUCUGCUGGUACGGCGACAGCAAUAUUUUCUGGAGUCAAAAGUCGAUACAAGGUUAUUGGUUUAGAUUCGCGAGCUGCAUUCAAUUCUUGCGACGCAACCAUGAACGAAAAAGGGAAAUUGACAACCGUGGUCGACUGGGCACAAGCGACUGACAUGGAUACAGGAUUUGUCACGACUACAAGAAUUACUCAUGCCACUCCUGCAGCUCUUUACGCUCACGUAAACCACCGAGAUUGGGAAUGUGACAGUGCAAUUCCUCCAGAGUACAAGGAUUGCUGUAAGGAUAUUGCUAGGCAAUUGAUUGAAGAUGCUCCCGGCAAUAAAUUGAAGGUUAUUUUGGGUGGAGGAGGACAAAUCAUGGGAACAAAAACGCCUGAUCCUAUUGAUCGAGACACCUGUACAAGGAAAGAUGGUAAAGAUUUAACAAAAAUCUGGCAGAAAUUAAAUCCAAGGGGGAAAGUUGUAAAAAAUGCCGCUGAAUUAAUGGCUGUUGAUAUUCAAAAUACGUCUAAAUUAUUGGGAGUAUUUUCACCAAGCCAUAUGCCAUACAGUGAAGUAAGAACUGAUGAAACUCCAAGUUUAGCAAACAUGACAUUACAAGCAAUCCGAAUGUUGAAGAAAAAUGAAAAUGGAUUUUUCUUAAUGGUGGAAAGUGGUAAAAUUGAUUUAGCUCACCAUAAAAAUUAUGCCCAGUUGGCUCUUCGUGAGGUAACGGAAUUAGAAGAAGCAGUAAAAGUAGCCCUGAGAGAAGUAAAAAUUGAAGAAUCUCUUAUCAUCGUAACUGCCGAUCAUUCUCAUUCGUUCACAAUGAAUGGAUAUCCAAAUAGAGGGAAUGAUAUUUUAGGAUUUGCCACUAACGUUUUAGAUCACAAAGCCAAACCUUAUGAAACUUUAACGUAUGCUAAUGGACCAGGAUUUUAUCAUCAUGUCAAUAACAAUACUAAUUCUAGUAGUAAUAUCUGGCUGCCUGUUGAAGAAGAUAAAACAAGAAAUGAUCCAUUUUAUCAACAUUUAGCUACUUUUUACUUAAAAGAUGAUACCCACGGUGGUGAAGAUGUUGGACUUUAUGCUAUCGGUCCAUAUGCUCAUCUAUUCCGUGGAACUUUUGAGCAAAAUUACAUUAGUCAUGUGAUCGCUUAUGCUGCUUGUUUAAAAGAUUGGCCAUCACAUUGUGAUCGUCAUUACACAAAAUAUUAUUAUGACGUCUCAAUGACGGAUUCUUCAUCAAGAAUACCAGCAUUAUCUAUAUUUACGAUAACCGUUCUGAGUUUAUUAAGCAUGUUGUGUCUUACUUAAAAUAGAAUUUUGAUGCUUUAGCGGAUUUUAAACUAUUUAAAUUAUGAAUAAGAAAUCAUUAUUUUUUAGACCAAAUAUUUUGACAUUGCAGGUCGAUGCCGUUAACAUUCGGGGAUAAUUGUUUUAUUCUAAUAAGUAUUAUUUUGCCGGUUUUUUGAAUGAAUAAUUAAAUAAUAAUAAUCACAGUAUGAUAAUUCAAAACAGGAUCGUAUGAUUGAAAUAAAGUAUAAUAUAUAAGUAUUGCUGAUUAUGAAUGAUUGUUCGUACAAUUAUUUUCUUAUAAUGUAUGUGUGUAACAAAAAAGUUUUUUAUAAGAUAAAAUUACAUGAACUUGAUUAAUUAAACUAAACAAACACUUAGAGAGUUACGAAGUAAAUAAAUUUUAAGUAAGUUUUUCAUUUAUAAAUAAAAAAAAACCAUGAAAUAUUAAAU